AUAUGUAGAAGAAACUUUGGGGACAUGAUCCGGCACACCAUGAACUAUUCUUGUAUACACACUAAGAAUCACGAUGGAGUGACUUUUUUAGUUGACAAAGCUAAAAAAAAUUCAUGAUGAUUUUAUGGAACGAUGUGAUCGCUUGGAAGCAAUAGGAGAGGAAAUUGAUGAGGACAAGCUAUUUUAUGAUGUUGAUGGGGGACAUGAUCGAAAAAAGAGAUUAUAUGGAUCUGGCUCGUAUGGAAAGCGCAUUCGUUCUAGUAAAGGAUCUUUUGAAAUGCAUCGCGAACAAUACGAGGAUAAUAAUGCCGAGACAAAAGUCGAGAUUGAGAAUUUGAAGAAGUUAGUUGAGACACAACGCGAACAAUAUGAGGAUAUUCAACAAAAAUAUGAGGAUUUUCAGCAAAAAUAUGAGGAUACUCAGAAAAAGAAUGUGGAGUUUCAGCAGAAAAAUGUGGAUGUUCAAGCAAAGUUUGAACAACUUGCACAAGCAAUGAAUGUCAUUAACACAUUGAGUGAACAAGUCAAAAUUUUUAUUAAAUAAUGAUAGAAUAUUAUGUAUCGAAUAAUG